AUGGGUUCACGCAAGGCGUUAGUUAACCGUAUAACAAACGAAACCAAGAUACAAGUAUUAAUCUCCAUUGAUGGUGGACACAUUGCCCUAGAGAACUCGAUUUUAAACAACGAAUCCAAUCAGGCCAAAACCAACGCAAAAGAUGUGGCUGCUCAAAACACUAACAGCCAAGUGAUAAAUAUUCAAACAGGCGUUGGAUUUUUGGACCAUAUGAUUCACGCGUUGGCAAAGCAUUCUGGUUGGUCGUUGCUAGUCGAAUGUGUCGGUGAUUUGCAUAUAGAUGAUCAUCAUACAACAGAGGAUUGUGGUAUCGCACUUGGCGAAGCAUUCAAGCAAGCCUUAGGUCAAGUACGUGGUGUCAAGAGAUUUGGAACAGGCUUUGCCCCUCUAGAUGAAGCAUUGUCGAGAGCUGUCGUUGAUCUGUCAAAUAGACCAUACGCCGUUGUAAGCCUUGGACUGAAGAGAGAGAAAAUUGGUGAUCUUUCAUGCGAGAUGAUUCCACAUUUCCUUGAAAGCUUUAUCGAAGCUGCAAGAUUAACCGUUCAUAUUGACUGUUUGAGAGGAUUCAACGAUCACCACAGAAGUGAAAGUGCAUUCAAAGCAUUAGCUGUAGCUCUAAGAGAAGCACUGGCGCCAAAUGGUACAAAUGAUGUUCCAUCUACCAAAGGUGUCUUGAUGUGA